CAUGCUGCGCAAGCGACCUUGCGUGGCACCGAUCGAUGCCGCCCACCCCGCAGUCCUCGCCUCGAUUGCUCAGUGCUUGUCGUCGUCCAAAGACGUCGCAUCGCUCCUCCACGCACUGCCACCUGCUAAUCUGGAUGCGCCAUUGACAGCGCUCCGAACGCUCUUCACGACAACGUCCCAUGGUGUGGACGACUGCCUCUGGCCGCAAAUCUGCAUUGAACACGUUGACCGCCAAUACACAUCGACCGUUCUCGCCGCGCUACCAGUCUUUCGCUCGAUUCGUAUUGAGCAUUGCGACAGACUCGACGCCAAUUUGCGAGCUGCCAACCCUGACACCGAUGCUUCUUCGUUCAACCCGACGAUGGCACUGGCUGCCAAGUGGGGUCACAAGAUCACGUCGAUCUACAUACCAACGGUGCUGAACUGCCACACCAACGCUGAGCUCGCUAAACUUCUGAGUCUCUGCACGGGUCUCGACCACAUGCAUGUGAAAGUCGAGGAGCCGGAUCCUGCCUUCAUCGACGCAGUCGCCAGCGGGAUGCAGUAUGUCACGCGACUGGACCUCAUCGGGAUGGACGAAUUCGCGUUCUUGAGUGAAAGCUGGCUCCCGGUCCUGGAGGCGUGGCUCGCCUUGGGCAUUGCACAGCACCUCGGGCUCAAGUUUUUCGAAUCGGCCGACGACACUCGGCUGGCGCGGGCCAUCGCCGCCACCGCAUCGCUCACGAGCCUCGAGCUCAACGAUGCUGACAGCGUUGUGCAAAGCCUUUUGACUGCAUCGCUCUCGACUACUGCGACGUCACCGACAGUGGCCCCCAGCCGCUGCGGGUCGCCACUGGCCGCCCACGUCAAGCGCCCGCGCGACGAGCCGUUUGCUGCGGCCCUGACCGCAUCUGCUGCCGACGCGAAGCGCCUCCGUCUUGCACUGCCUGGUCGCCCUGCUUUGUCCCACUCGCCGGCUCUCCCAAUCGGGCCGCUGGCCCUCGUCCCAUGCGCCGUGCCCGUCCCGCUGCAGGCAACCCACAGUACGUCGCCCGUCUUGCUGCCGCUUGCCUCUCGAGCUCCGCACGCCGUGUCUGUGCCUCUGGCACUCUUGCCCGAUGCUUCUCCCUCUGUUCUCGCUCCACCGUCACCUCUCGCUGCCUCCGUCCAUGUCCAGCGCACGGUUACUUGGGUCCCUGCCGGCCCUCACGGCCCGGGUGCGUUUGUGUUUACCGAAUCCACCGUGGUCGAUCUGCCGUCGGGCCGCCUCGCGGCUGCUGGGCCGCCUGCCGCGGACGCCACAUCCCGUGCGCCCCUGCCCGCCCAACCCGAGCUCAAUCAGGCCGACAUUGACGCGUUCCUUGCUGCUGCCCGCCACGCGUCCACCGUGCUGCCGCCCCACGCGCCUAUCCCAGCGCCUGCGUCCGUCCAAGCGCCACCGUCCGCCCAAGCCCCUACGUCCGUCCAAGCGCCUGCGUCCGCUCAUGAGCCUGCUCCCGUCCACGCCCCUGCGUCCGUCCCCGUGCCUGCGCCAGUCCAUGCGCCUACGCCCGUUCAAGAGCCCGCACGCGUGCCCGUUCCGCCCCUACUGCCGAACGACCCUCGAGUUGCCGAAGCCCGCCGCAUCAUUGCGACCUUUCCCAAGACCCGAUGGGGACCGCCGCGUGCUCCCGUGCCUGCCGCUGCCCGCACGGCUGCCUCCGAUCCAGCCCCGGACCCGCUGUCUGCCGCUGCCUGCGCGCCCCGUCUCACGUCUCUGGCCUACACGCCGCCGCCUCCCACUACGCCGUCGCCACCGCUGAUGCUGCCGCUGCCCUUUCCGCUGCGCCCGCCACGACCGACGACGCUGCCUGCCCCUCUGUCGCCGACUGCGGGCUCUGGUGCGCCUGCUGUGACCAACAACACGGCGGAGCUGCGCUCGGUCUACUUGGGGCUUUGCGGUCUCCUCCACCUCAAGCCCCACCGUGCGCUCAUCCAAGGCGACAGCGCGCUGGUCCUCAAGUGGCUUGAUGGCAGUACGCGGUGCGCGAAACCCCUUCGUGCCGCCCGCAAUGCUGCCCUCGCGGUCCUCACACGCCUGCGCAACUACAACGUCCAGACAACGCUGUCCCAUAUUGGUCGCGGACACAAUGCGGUGGCCGACCAUCUUGCCAACCGUGCGAUGGGCAUCCCGUCGAUGGGGCUGCAGCCUGGCAACGGGUUGUUCUGCUCGUGCCCGUCACCGUCUCGCAGCUGUUGCCCCGACGGCAUGUCGCUGCUGGUGGGCCACGAUCCCCGCCAUGACGCUGGCGAGCCGCUGGUUGGGCCGUCUGGUGUCGCGCUUGGCCACUUUAGCUCCGCCACGCCAGCCCGUGCUCGGGGCUCUGCAGCGCCGCGGCCGCCAGCCUCUGCUGCCAUGCCGCCAGUGCCGACGAGCUCCGUGGACGACGUGGACGACGAACCUGAGGCGUGCCUUAAUGGCGGUGAUGGCGGCACGACGACUUCGUAUGCGACGCUCCGGGCCUCAUAUUUACGGGCGUCGGUGGCCGCUGCGGUGGCCACCUUGCCUGCGCCGCGCGUGUACCGCUGCAUGCUGCGCCUCCCCGUGCGGUCUUCUGGAUUGAACUCCGGGCCACUGAACGUGGUUGCGGAAGUCGUGCCUCAAGCUGAUGAUGAUGACGACGCGUCUGCUAUCUGGCUUUCGCAUCGACACUGCCCUGCGUACGCAGACGUUGGCCGCGUGGUCUGCCGCAUUUACCUUGACGUUCUGCAUGCCUCGCUGCAUUGGCCUCGGGCUGCGUCAGGCUCUGUGCUCCGGUUUCUUGUGCCACACGACUGGCUGGCUCUGUUCCGUGGCCUCACCUCGACAACGGCUCCUCAGACUCCUGCCCAUACCCAGUUCCAGCUUGUGGCCCCAUUGCUGCAGCAACCGGUUGUACUUGUCGGGGUCGACCACGCUGUGACGUCGAGUCUUGAGCAGAUCGCCCGCCAGCAGCUCCCCCUGCAACGCUUAGCGCGCGACAUCUGCUACUGCGCUUCGAGACGCGGUGGCUGCCCCUUCCGGCCUCACUACGGCAUCCAUCCGCGGUUUCUGUCUGCUCUCCUGUCCUCGUCUGCUCCGCCGUCGUCGUCGGCAGCGCCGUCACCGUCUGCUACGCUGCCCUCGCCUGCAGCGCCGACUAGCCCAGUGGAACCUUCGGGCUCUGCUACCGAUGGCGCCACGGUGCCUUUGCGCCGCGCUGUGACUGGUGGCAUGCAGCCGCGCCGUGGCUUUGGGACGCGGACACGCCUCGCGCGCGCUGGUGCUGCGGCCUCCUCGUCCCGCAUUGAUGGAACGCCGUCGCCUACCCCGGAGUUGACGACCAACGCCACCUCGGUGUCGACACUCCCUCCCGACGGGCCUGCUCUACCGCUUGGUGGUCCCCCUUUACCGCCAGAUGAUGACUUGUGGCUUGACGUGGCGGCUGCACACGGCUCGUCUGAUACGGACGUCAACGCACCUGUGUUUCCCGAUGCACGACUCUCCCCGUUCACUGCGGCUUACGACCCCGCCGACUUUGCCAGCGACGAUGAGGCGGCUUCAGCGACUGGGCCUACCGCUUCCGACGAGGCUGUUGUCGCUGCCUCUGUGCCGUGUGUCGCUGCGCCGGUGGAAGAUGACCGUGCGGAUGUUGCCAACGCUGCGGGUGCUGGUUCCGUCGACGACGGGGCUGCGGAUACAGCUUCGGACGACGAUGCGGCCGGUGUGGAGGUCGAUGACGGCGCCGCGGGUACUGCUGCGGUCGCCACUGACGGCCCAGCCACGCCUCCUCCGCCGCCCUCCGCGCCCCUUGACCCGUUUGCGCGCCAGCCUCGGCUCCGUAUCCCGGGACCCCUCCCAGACGCACUCGCCCACGUGAUUGAGGACGAGAUCGCUGCGCUCUGCCGUCGCUUGGAAGUGGCCAUUGAAGAUGCUGCUGACUGGGACGCUGUUGAAGGUGCGGUUGCGUCCUUGCCGAGCGCCCUUGCAGCCACUCUCGGCCGCCAUGCCAGCGCAAUUGCUGCGGCGUCAGUCCGGCCGCCGACGCCACCGCCGCUCCGCGACGAGAUCCUCGACCGGUGUGCGGCCCUGCGCGUGACCCAGCAUCUCGAACCCAAGAACCGGCGCCUUGUCCAGCGUGCGCGUCGUCGUGUCGCGCGCACACGGGAUGCCCGACGUCGUCUUGUCUUACGUGCGCGCUUUCCACACCACGAGCAGGAGGUGGUCCAGGGCAUCUUCAACGCUGGCACUGCGGAUCCGGCGCCGGCCACCACGUGCGCGAUCCCUGUUGACGUGGUGCAUGCUCACUUUGCCGGCCUUGGCGCGACGACCGAGCAGGCAGCUGACGAGGAGCUCCCUCCGGGUGUGUUUUGGGAGGCCCUCCGCCUCUUGCCGCUCGCGCGCGCUGGCUCUGACGAGGCGCUCUUGGCCCCAAUCACGCUCGAUGAGGUGGAGGACGCGCUCAACAAUGUGACGUGCGGCACGGCUCCCGGCCUGGAUGGGGUGCCAUACGAUGCCUACUACAAGUACCGCCUCGUGCUGCUCCCGUUGCUCACAACGCUCUUCAACCGUUGCUGGUCGGAACGGCGUGUCCCGGCGUCCUGGAAGGUCAGCAUGACGACGCUGGUCCACAAGAAGGGCUCGGUCGACGACAUUGCGAAUUGGCGGCCGCUCGCGCUCCAGUCGACGCUGUACAAGCUGUACGCAAGCAUCACGAAGACGCGGCUGUCGGGCUGGCUCGAGACGAAUGAGCGCCUCAACAACAUGCAGAAGGGGUUCCGCGACUUCAACGGCUGCCACGAGCACAAUUUUGUCGCGCAGACGCUCAUGCAAUCGACGCGGCGCACCAAGGGCAAGCUCUUUGUUGUGUGGUACGAUCUCAAGAACGCGUUUGGGUCGAUGCCGCACAACUUUCUUUGGACCGUGCUGCGCCGACUCCGCGUCCCGGACGAGUUUGUCGAGCUGGUGCAGGACAUCUACCGUGAUGCGGCCACGGUCGUGCUCACGAAGGAUGGCCUGACGGCGCCCGUGCCCCAGAAGACGGGUGUGUUCCAGGGGUGCCCGCUGAGCCCGCUUCUCUUCAUCGCGGGUUUGGCGCCGCUCAUGGAUGCGCUGGCGGCCGUCCGUGACACUGCCGGGGCCACGCUCGCUCCUGGUCUGCGCCAGACGGGCACAGCGUUUGCCGAUGACAUCAAGAUCUUCAGCAACUCGCGCGCCGGCAUCCGCUCGCUGCACCAGCUCGUCUGCGACUUUUUGCGGUGGUCCAAGAUGGAAGCCAACCCGACCAAGUGCGCGUUCUUGGGUUUUGAGCAUGUAGGCAGCCGCUGCUGCCCUACGCCCGACGUCGAGCUGCUCCUUGGCGACCAAGCGAUUCCUCACCUUGGCACGGUUGACGACGGAUACAAAUACCUGGGCAUCAAGGAAGCUUUCGACGAUGUGACGGUGCGCUUCCAGCUGACCGACAUGUUCCACGACCUCAAGUGCAAGAUUACCCUGCUCUGCAAGUCCGGGCUGGCACCGUGGCAGAUCAUCCGCGCGAUCAAGUCCCACAUCUACUCGCGUUUGGAGUACCCACUACGCCACGUGCAUGCGAUGAAGUCGCAACUCGACGGGCUGACACGGCACCUCUGGACGGCCCUCCGUUCGCUGCUCAAGCUGCCCGUGUCGACCACGACGAGCUUCUUCUCGACACCAACGGACUGCGGUGGCCUUGGUCUUUUGCCCAUUGAAGAGCAGCGGGAUGCCGUCCUGCUUGCGCACUUGUACCAGAUGCUCCACUCGCCGGACGCUGACAUUCGCACGAUGGCCCGUCACGAGAUCAUGGCUGGCGCUCGAGCGGACUUCCACCUCCCCGAGGUGUCGGACUCUGACGGCGAAGUCGCUGAAGAUCUCCUCCAGUCCUUCCUCAACGGCGAGCUCCAGACACUGCCAGGCGUCACGCCCAAGUCGCGCGUCGGGGCCAAGUCGACGAUCGCAACCACGUUCCGGCUGCUCCUCAAGAAAUACGAACUCAAGCUGACGUGCGAGCUGGGCAAGAACCUCCAGCUCAAGGUUGACGGCGUGGUCCUCACGACCAAGGACGUCAGUCGCCGGGUCAAACGUGCGCUCCAGCUCAAACACUAUGAGAGAUGGGGUGCAUGCACCGACCAGGGACGAACCUUGGCCCAUCAUGGGGACAUGGGAUCCAAGUUCUUGACGUCUGGCGGUGGCUUAUACGACAAGCAGUACCGGUUCGCCAUCGCAGCGCGCCUCAACCAGGUGGAUACGCGGUCUGUGCUCAAGCGCCGCCAACUGCGUGCCUCGGCAGUGUGUCGCCAUUGUAUUGAUAGCGGCCGUCCGGAAACCCUCGCGCACGUUCUCCAACACUGCCCCCACAACCAUGGUCUCAUCACGCGCCGCCAUGACGCGUCGCUCGACAAGAUUGCUGCGGCGAUACGCAAGGCCCUACCCACAGCGACGGUCAAGGUUAACGAGCUGGUGGAUGGCUACAGCCCGCGCGCGCUACGACCCGACCUCCAAGUGUACUUCCAAACCGGCACGCGUCGCGUUGCUGUCCUCUUGGACCUCGCGAUCACACUCGAGCACACGGCCAACGGGACGCCCAAUGGUUGCCCAUUUGAACGCAUCGCGCGCAAGAAGGAAGACAAGUACUCCGAGCUCGGGCUGCAUUUGCGCCAGACGUGCGAUGAAGUCUACUGCACAGCCUUGGUGUAUGGUGCCCUUGGAUCUGUCUACAAGAAGAACGAGACGGCUCUCA